AUGCUCAUUGUAGAGGGGAUGCUGCUCUUGUACCUGGAGCUGGCUGUGGGGCAGCGCAUGCGGCAAGGCAGCAUCGGUGCCUGGAGGUGCCCCUACCUCAGUGGUGUCGGUGUUGCUAGUGUGGUGGUCUCCUCCUUCCUCUCAAUGUACUACAACGUCAUCAAUGCCUGGGGCUUCUGGUAUCUCUUCCAUUCCUUCCAGGAUCCCCUGCUGUGGUCUGUCUGCCCACUGAAUGGUAACCGCACAGGCUACGAUGAGGAGUAUGAAAAGGCUUCGUCAAUGCAGUACUUCUGGUGCAGGAAAACACUCAACAUCUCACCAUCCAUCCAGGAGAAUGGAGGAGUGCAGUGGGAGCCAGCACUGUGCCUCAUCCUGGCCUGGCUGAUGGUGUAUCUGUGCAUCCUGAGGGGCACUGAGUCAACCAGCAAG